AAGAUGUCUAAACUAUUUAAAUACAAAAAAGUUGGAAACAGCCUUGUUAUUACAACUAAAGAUUCUGUUGAAUUAAUGGAAUAAUUGAGAACAGAACAUUCAAAUCUGAGCAAAUCCAUUAUAGAUCUAGAAACAAAAAAAUAAUUGAUUGAAGAUAAAAUGAGAGAAUUAUCAAUAAAGUUAAAUUCCUUUUACUAACAUAGUGAUUAACCAGAUAUUCCAAAGUUAAUUUAUAGACUACCUUCUUGUGAUUAAGAAUAAGAUUAAAGAACGUUAGACGAUGAGGUAAUCUUUCAAAUCAAUGACUAUUAAGAAUUCAUUCCAAAUUUUUAAGAAAAUUAAAUUAAAACAAAAAAAGAACUAUUCGAUUAUUUUAGUUACAAAUCAGAUGUUAAAGAUCUCUUUGAUAAUCUUGAUGAUACAAUCAAACUUAAAAAACUAGCUGAAGAAUUUGGAAUCAAAUCCAAUAAUAUAAAUAAACUGAAAUAACAAAUGAAAACAAUUUAUAAUUACUUACAGAAUUAAUCAUUUCCAUCAUCAUGGAAUAAUAUAUAUAAUACUGAUUUAUUUGAUAAAUUAGAAAUUUGA